UCAAAUUUUCAACAUUAGUCAGGGGUUCAGCAAUAAACAAAAAUCCGUCUCCAUAUGGACGAACUCGCUGGCGGAAGCGGGCUUGGCGAAAGGAAGUCAGACGAUUCGCGUUCGUAUUUUUAGUUCCAACGCGACUAAGUUCAGUCACUCCUAGGAUGCGGUUCGGUUCGGUUCAGUUUCAGCAUUUGCUCCGGCGAAGGAUAUCUCUUGUCCUAACCUAGUGAAAAGUGAUUCAAAAAGUGUGCUGAUAACCUCACAUCACAGCCUGCUGCUGUUUUCCGAUCGAGGUCUGACCAAAUCGAUUGAAAGGUGUGUCAAUGUCAGACGUCAAAAUGAUCCGUGGUUAUCGUAGUCAAUCGUUUUGAGGGAAGUUUUUAGGCCACACUGACAAGUUCCUCGUGACCGCGGUUUGGUGUUUCCAAUGCAAUUCCACUGAUUCGACUGAGUGAUCGCUAACAGUGAGUGAAAUUCGGUUCUAACGAUGUUACCUCGGCGGGAUAAUCGGCUGAAUAAAUCAGCCAAACCAGCACAGCGCAAGAAAGCUUCCAGCGACGAUGAGUCGUCCAGUGAGGAGGGAUCUUCCAGUUCCGGCUCGACGGAGGAUGGGUCGAACUCGAGUUCCGGGUCCGACUCGGAAAUGGAUACCACCGAGACGUCGUUUUCGUCCAAGAGUGCCACCGAGUGCGUCGGCAGUAGCAAACAGCAGGGAUUACUUAAGGUUAACCAUCGGUCCUACACGGUGUACUGUGAUGCGGCGAGGAAUUCGAAGAACUUCUGCCACGGCAGCUUGGCCGAACCACUGGAGGAUAUCAAAAAGGAUCCCAACGUCGUUCGGCUAAAUGCUACCUGCUUAACCGUCAGGCUGCCAGUAGUAGUUCCUUCCACUCCAAUCAGAAACAACUACUCAACGGAAUCCCCCUCUAUAUCGUAUGUUUAUUAUGUUGAUAUUUCUUUUUACAGUCGUAAUAGAAAAACUCGCGCCAGAAACGAGCACGUUGUACAUAGAAACAAGAAAUCCAAACGAAUACCGCCAAUCAGUAUUUGCAUAUUGAACAGUCGCUAUGACAUCAUACCGAGGAUAUGCCGAAGGCUCGGUUAUCGACUGGUCGCCGAGAACGAGCUGUGGAAUGUGUGCUGGACGGAUUCGCUAGUGGGGGUCGACUUCUGCCGGGACAUGAGGCGGUUCCAGAAAAUCAAUCACUUUCCUGGAAUGUUCGAAAUCUGUCGGAAGGACCUGUUGGCACGGAACCUGAACCGGAUGCAGAAGCAGUUUCCGACGGAGUACCAGAUCUUCCCGAAGACAUGGGUCUUUCCGGCUGAUUUGGGCGAGGCCAUCGCCUACAGCAGGACGCACCGGAGUAAAACGUACAUUCUGAAGCCGGACCAGGGAUCACAGGGGAGAGGGAUAUUCCUGACGAAGAAUUUGAAGGAGAUCAAUCCGCGGGAUCGAAUGAUCUGUCAGGUCUAUAUCCAUCGGCCCUUGUUGAUUGACGGGUACAAGUUCGACCUCCGAGUCUAUACCCUAGUAACAUCUACCGAUCCGCUUCGGAUAUUCGUUUACAAGGAAGGCCUGGCACGCUUUGCAACGUACAAAUAUCGGGAACCAUGCAUAACAAAUACCUCAAACAACUUCAUGCAUUUAACUAACUACUCGGUCAACAAGUACAGUAGAUGUUUCUCGAAUGACGAUGAAGCCGGUAGCAAACGACGAUUCGCCACGCUGAACCGAAUCCUAACGUCCGAGGGAUAUGACAUUGCCGAACUGUGGAACAACAUUGAUGACGUGAUAGUUAAGACCAUUCUCAGUGCGUGGCAAGUGCUGAGGCAUACGUAUCAAGCGAGCUUCCCAACGCACGACAUAAUUCAGGCGUGCUUCGAGAUCCUCGGGUUCGACAUUCUGAUUGAUCAUAGACUGAAGCCUUACAUCCUGGAGGUGAACCAUUCUCCUUCGUUUCACACGGACGAAGCAAUCGACAAGGAAAUCAAGGAAGCUCUCAUCCACGACACGUUUGUAAUGCUCAACCUGAACGGCGAGGUGAAGAAACGCGUCCUGGAGGAAGACAAACGCCGAAUACAGAAUAGACUGCUGCAAAGACUGCGCGAAUACUCCAAGAGCAAAGAGGCAAGCAAAGAGAGCAGUAGCGAUAGCAAAAACGGUGACGACGAUGAUCCCUCGGAGGAACGACUCGGCCCUUGGGCGGAUCAAAUCACCUGGGAAGAGACCCAUCUUGGAGGAUUCCGACGAAUACUGCCAGUUCCAGGAGAUCCGGACCGUUACGCGCACAUCUUCCUGGCGCAAACGCAAGCAUCGGUGUACAACGAGACGGCGGCAAGCAAGAAGCGCGAAGAAUGUGCCAAACAGCAACGGAUCGAACUGGAGGAACGCUACAAACACAAUCAAGCAAUGCUCAACAAACACAAUCCUAGGGGUGGUCAGCAUCUGGGGGGCGGCAAGGGGCUGUGCACCGGCGAGGAUGGUGCCCUGGUGGUGAAGAAGAAAAAGAAGCUGAAACCGAAACCGGUGGUCAAGAAGAAGGACAACUACAGCCCGGAUAAUAUCAUCGAUUUUGAGGAGCGCGAGAGGAUGGCCCUGCUAGCGCAACGAGACUUCUUCAUCCGGACGUGCGGACUGGUGCAGAAUAUCUAUCUCAACUUCAAUCGGAACAAACUCCUAACGAUGUCGGACCAACGAAAGUACAAGGAAGUAUUCUCCAAACUGGUCGCCAACGACAUACUCCAGCAGGACCUCAGCAGCCAACAAUCGACCCAAUCCGGUACAACCACCUGUCUUCCGGUGCUAUCCAACCACUACGGUAGCAGUAACGCUUCGCACUCGUCCAGUCAAAAACUGCACCUCAAAAGCCUGGUAACGAUCAGCGACUCCACGUCCUGGAUGCAGUGCGCCGAAGUCCCCCAACCCAGCCGACCGCCCUUGCCGUACCUGUUGGCAUCGCAACCGACCAACUACCGGAGCACCAAGUCCACCAUGGCACGGCAGGUCACCAACGUGGUCAAGCGGCACAACAUGGACACUAGGCAGCUGUACUCGGCCUCCGAUAAGGUUAUCUAGUAUUGAGUUUGGGCGGAUAGCUGCAGCUCCUCCUUUAGUUUGGGUUCGGUUGUUAUCUGCUCAGUCAAUUCUGUUUGUGCCUACUUGCUGCCACUGCUGGCCUGCAGCAUUAUUUCGUGCAAAUUGCGUGUGCUUCGGUUGUACAAAGAUGAACAAAUUACGUUUCAGAGCGAUUUAAUCAAAUUCUGCCCGAGUUUAAAUUUAUCAGUAAUAAAAAUCUAUUGUGAGCUUUUGAGCGGUGGUUGGACAGUUUUCGGAAAGAAAUU